CUUCCAGGUAUACCAGUUGCCCCACUCCAACGUAGAGAAAAUUUAUGUUGACGUACAGAUAGAGGGGGCCCCAUGCCGCAUGGAGCUUGACACGGGUUCAACUCUAUCCAUAAUCUCGGCAAGGACCUUAAGGAAACUGUGUCCUACUGGGGGUCCCAAACUCAGGCCGGCCCCAUUCACCCUCCGGGACUUCCAGAAACGUAAGGUCCCCACAAUGGGGGUGGGGACCUUCAGGGUGCAAUACCGAGGGUGGACGUGGCAACUGGACUUGCUGGUGGUCAAGGGCCCCUACAUUAGCUUACUGGGAUUGGCAUGGUUUGGACCACUGGGGCUAGCCGUCACCGGGGUGAACCACACUAGCUUACAAGUGGACGUGGACGCCAUAUGCAAGGAAUUUCCGGGGGUUUUCGAUGGGAAAUUGGGACAGUAUACGGGCCCCCCCAUUGCUCUACAGCUUGACCCUGCAGUACGACCGGUCAGGCUCAAGGCCCGCCGGGUCCCGUUCGCCCUGAAACCCCGUAUAGACGAGGAAUUGGACCGGCUUGUGGAGCAAGGAGUGCUGGAGCCGGUGCCUAAUGCCCCCUGGGAAACCCCAAUCGUCACACCUGUCAAGCCUAAUGGUUUGGUCCGCAUCUGCGCAGACUACAAAUGUACCAUAAACAAGGCCCUCAUGGCCCAUGCAUACCCAGUGCCAGUGGUCAGCCAUGUUCUUGCCACCCUGGCUGGGUCGAAAAUUUUUGGCAAGCUGGACUUGGCCCAAGCAUAUCAACAGCUGCCAGUAGAUGAGGCCACAGCAGAGGCACAGACGAUUGUGACGCACAGAGGAGCGUUCAGGGUAAAGAGGCUGCAAUUCGGUGUCAGCGUGGCACCAGGCACAUUCCAGAAUCUAAUGGACUUGCUCCUUAAAGGGAUUCCUGGCGUCACCCCCUUCUUCGAUGAUGUGUUGAUUGCCGGGCCCACACCAGAGGAGUUUGAGGACCGCCUCCGCACCGUUCUGCACCGUUUCCAGACGGCGGGUCUCAAGGUGAAGCGGGAAAAAUGUCUACUAGGAGUGCCUCAGGUGGACUUUCUGGGAUUUAUGGUGGACGCAGAAGGGGUCCACCCAACUGGGGACAAGGUACGGGCCAUUUAUGAUGCCCCAGCGCCCAAGAACAAGACUGAACUUCAGGCCUUCUUGGGACUAUUGAACUUUUACCAUUCCUUCCUUCCCCACAAGGCGGCGGUAGCGGAGCCCCUACACAGACUCCUGGACAAGCGGGCCCCUUGGGUGUGGGGCCAGCGCCAGGAGGCCGCAUUCCAGGCAGUCAAGGACUUGCUUGUCUCAAACUUGGUCUUGGCACACUUCGAUGAGAGGCUGCCGGUGGUGCUAGCAUGCGACGCCUCGCCCUAUGGAAUUGGCGCUGUCCUGGGACACCAACUCCUGGAUGGAAGAGAGGUACCAGUGGCAUACUUUUCCCAGACACUCAACGCAACCGAGCGGAACUACUUGCAAAUCGACAAGGAGGGUCUGGCAAUCAUGAAGGGAGUAAAAAAAUUCCAUGAUUUCUUGUACGGGCGGCCCUUCACCGUGGUGACUGACCACAAGCCAUUGCUUGGCUUGUUUGCCCCUGAAAAGCAGACCCCCCAAGUGCUGUCUCCUCGCGUCCUCAGGUGGUCAAUUUUCCUUGCCAGCUACCAGUAUGCACUGAUUCACCAUCCUGGGAAGGCAAUGGGCCAUGCGGACGCCCUCAGCAGGCUACCACUACCAGAAACAGGCCCCGACCCAGCACCUGCACAAGAAGUUAUGAGCCUGGAGCUGCUUCCCGACCGCCCCAUUCAGGCACAAGAAGUUGCACACCAUUCCAAGAAAGAUAGGGUCAUCUCCCGGGUCCUGGACUGGGUGUGGAGGGGAUGGCCCAGCAGCAGCCCAGCAGAAUUCGCCGGCUACACAACCCGCAAACAUGAACUGUCAGCCCACAAGGGGUGCCUGUUAUGGGGAAGCAGGGUCGUUGUUCCCCAGCCCCUCCGCAAAAGGGUCCUCACAGCCCUACACGAGACACACCCAGGGGUAGUAAGAAUGAAGGCCCUUGCCAGGAGUUAUGUGUGGUGGCCGGGGAUCGACGGAGAGAUAGAGGCCUGGGUCAAACACUGCCAGGCCUGCCAAGAAUCCCGCCCAGAUCCCCCAAGGGCCCCAGUCCAGUCCUGGGAGUCCGCCCGAGCACCAUGGUCACGCCUGCAUGUGGACUUCGCUGGCCCCUUUCAGGGGGAAACAUUUUUCAUAGUGGUGGACUCCUACACCAAAUGGCUGGAAGUUGCACUGGUACCGUCCACUUCUACGUCUGCAGCCAUCCGGGUACUACGCAGGCUGUUUGCAACCCACAGGCUCCCUGACACUCUCGUCUCAGACAACGGGACUGCAUUCACGUCAGGAGAAUUCCAAACCUUCACAGCGCAGAACGCCAUCCGCCACAUCCGUUCGGCGCCAUUCCACCCUGCCACCAAUGGCCAAGCAGAACGCAUGGUGCGGACCACCAAGGACACCCUUCACCGCAUGACGCAAGGGGAUUGGGAGUACCGCCUUGCCACAUUCCUUCUAGCACAGCACAGCACCCCCAGCUCAACAACUGGCCGGAGCCCCGCUGAACUACUAAUGGGUCGGCGCCUUGCAAUCAGAUUGGACCGCCUUCACCCCGAUAGAGCUCAGGAUGAGGUAGUGGUGGGGGAAGGCAAGAACCCCCGGACCUUCGAGGCUCAGGACCCAGUGUACGCAAAGAAUUUUGGGGCAGGCCCAGCAUGGGUACCCGCCACAGUCACCAGGGUCACUGGCCCCGUGUCGUACGAGGUGCUAACAGAUGGGGGGCAAUGCUGGCGCCGCCACUGCGACCAGAUACGGCGACGAUGCCCUCCUGGCUCAUCUACCUUCCUCAACUGA